AUGUUCUACGCCGGAGAAAUGACUUACGACAUCACUAACGCCGUGACCAAGAUUUCCAUCCUGGCAUUUUACUUGCGCAUCUUCACAGAUCCGAAAUUUAAAAUAUCAGCAUAUAUUCUCAUGGGGUUCGUCAUGGCGUUUUUGGUGGCUAUCUUGCCUGCCACCAUCUUCCAGUGCACGCCCAUCUCUUACAUGUGGACCGGAUGGACUGGCGAGACCGAGGGCCAUUGUAUCGACGUCUCCUCAUUGACCUGGGUGGCGUCUUCCGUCAACAUCAUACAAGAUAUUGCUGUCAUCUUGUUGCCGAUCCCGCACUUACUCAAGCUAUCGCUUUCACGGAAGAAAAAGAUCCAGAUUGUCUCCAUGUUCUGCGUAGGCUUAUUCGUCACCAUUGCCAGCAUUGUACGUCUGUCAAGCCUCAUUCGAUUCAAGGCCACUCUGAACUUCAGCUGGGACUACGUCGCUGUCUGCUACAUGUCGGUCGUCGAAAUCGACGUUGGUGUAAUCUGCGCCUGUAUGCCCGCAAUGCAACUCCUCCUGCGCCGUGUCGCACCUCGUCUCUUUGGCUCUACCGCCGACAAGUCCUCCUAUCUGCACCCUCACACUGGUGGCCCCCGCUCACAAUCGCGGACCUUCCGCAACACGGGCGCCCGCCACUCCAUGGCGCCAAACACUAUCACAAAGACCCUGACGGCGACCGUGACCGAGGUAGCAAAAGAUUCCGACUCGGUUAUGGAGUUGGUGGACAAUCCCCACAAGAAAGGCGCUAGCCAUGAGGGUGGGUCAUUUGCCACGAUGUCGUCAGCAGACGAGGGCAAUAAGCCAAAUGGUUGGUAG